GAUAAGUGAAGAAUAGGUCAAUGGGAAGAGUCCUCCUCCACGUUAUUAGUGAGGUGGGUAAUAAAAAGUCUGCCUUCUAUUCCAGAGUCCCGUGUUUCUCAUUUCCGUAGUCCUCGCCAGUCGUUCUAAUGGAAUUUUCUCAGAAUCUCCAUCCGCUGACUUUCUUUCAACUAACCCGAUUAACAUAAAAGGGUAUUUGAAUAUUUGAUCAACAAAGAAGAAGAUCUGAUUGUUAUCAUUCAUAGAUCCAUGGCCACUCCUGAUGCGUACCAAGAACACCUCCCGUCCGUGCCGGGUUGGUUGAACAAAGGCGACAACGCAUGGCAGAUGACAGCAGCCACCUUGGUUGGCCUCCAAAGUAUGCCAGGCUUAGUUAUCCUCUAUGGCAGCAUCGUCAAGAAGAAAUGGGCAGUCAAUUCAGCUUUCAUGGCUCUUUAUGCCUUCGCUGCCGUCCUCAUAUGUUGGGUCCUCCUCUGCUACCGCAUGGCCUUCGGUGACAAGAUUCUUCCCUUCUGGGGUAAAGCUGGUUUUGCCCUCACCCAGAGAUACCUCAUCGGCCGAGCUGCCGUCCCCGAGACUGCUCAUAAUACAACUCCGAUGAACGAGCCCUUCUACCCAAUGGCCUCACUCGUCUACUUCCAAUUCACCUUCGCCGCUAUCACACUUGUACUUCUAGCUGGAUCUGUUCUUGGCCGUAUGAACAUCAAAGCCUGGAUGGCUUUUGUCCCUCUUUGGCUCAUCUUCUCUUACACCGUCGGUGCCUUCAGCUUAUGGGGUGGUGGCUUUCUCUAUCACUGGGGUGUCAUCGAUUACUCCGGUGGUUAUGUCAUCCAUCUCUCUUCUGGUAUCGCUGGUUUCACUGCAGCCUAUUGGGUGGGGCCGAGGCUGAAGAGCGACAGGGAGAGGUUUCCGCCGAACAACGUGUUAUUGAUGCUUGCCGGGGCAGGGCUAUUGUGGAUGGGCUGGUCAGGUUUUAACGGUGGAGCGCCUUACGCCGCCAACAUCGAUGCGUCGUUAGCUGUGUUAAACACCAACAUAUGUGCAGCCACGAGCCUUCUCACGUGGACAUCGCUCGAUGUGGUUUACUUCGGAAGACCAUCGGUGAUCGGAGCUGUUCAAGGGAUGAUGACGGGUCUUGUCUGCAUAACUCCCGGAGCCGGCCUGGUUCAAGCUUGGGCGGCGAUAGUGAUGGGUUUGCUUUCCGGUAGCAUUCCAUGGUUCACAAUGAUGAUACUCCACAAGAAGUCCACAUUACUACAAAAGGUGGAUGACACAUUAGGGGUGUUCCAUACACACGCGGUGGCUGGGCUACUAGGAGGGGUUUUGACGGGGUUAUUAGCGGAGCCAGUUCUGAGCAAUCUUAUUCUACCGGAGACCGGUUCGAGGGGUGCAUUUUACGGGAAGCGAGGAGGGGUCCAGCUACUGAAGCAACUGGUUGGGGCGGUAUUUGUGACUGGAUGGAACAUAGUGUCUACGACUGUGAUACUGUUGGCUAUACGGUUGGUUAUACCGUUGAGGAUGACGGAAGAACAGCUGGUGAUAGGAGACGACGCGGUGCAUGGAGAAGAGGCUUACGCUCUUUGGGGUGAUGGAGAGAAGUAUGAUGCCAACAAGCAUGGCCACGUGUCAUUAUAUAAUCGUCACAAUGAAUCUUCACCGUCCCCUAACUUCAAUGGACCCGCCAGGGGAGUUACCAUUCAAUUGUAAUCGUUAAAUCCAGAAACGGAUAUUUUGACUCUUUUACUAGAAUCUCAUACAUUGAAUUAGAAUAUUUUAAUCUCUAUUUUAAUCCUAA